AUGAGCUGCGUUUUAGUGACGGGGAGAAAACUCGGAGGAGUUGGCAGGAAGGGCAGAGACCAAAUCGUUUGGUGGAGACUUGCUGUUUGGACUGACGUGGCAGCGAGGAAACGUCGGAAGCUUUCGGUGGUGGGACUGAAUGGAGCAGAGGAGAGCAGCAGCAAAGAGACGGCUGUUGGAGGACAAGAUUGGUUUGUGAAGACGGUACUGAUCGACGGGCUCAAGGUGGACCCAGGACAAGUCUUCUGCCUGCGGUGGAAUCCUGCCGACAACGGCUACGACGUUACGCUUCACAGCCAGGUUAUGUACGACCGUGUGCUAAUGACGUGCAAGGCAGAGUCUGUGCCCUUUUCCCUUUUCAAGGUGGAGCCUUUGGGACAGAGGAAUGUGCGGGUCAUCACGGUGCACAUGUACAACCCGUAUGGGAAGGUGGACAAGCCGGUGAAAUACCUGAGGGACAAUUAUGGUAUUUGGUCAGGUCGGCGACAGUUCCGAGUCCUCCUCGGAGAGGAUCCUGAGAGUGGGGAUGGCCUUCGACACCCUCCUGCCUAUUUUUCACUUGGAGGGGAAAGGGUUUUUUUGUUCUACUCGGGUCAACUGAGUUUUUGUAGGCAGUGUCGCUCGUUUGGACAUUUGGCGGCUGGCUGCACACUGAUCCGUUGCCGGAACUGUGGAGGGGAGGGACAUGGAGCAGCCUCAUGCAGUCAACCAAAAACCUGCAAUGGGUGUGGGAAAACAGGCCACCUUUUUAGGGUCUGCCCUUCUAGUGGCCGCACAUAUGCGGCUGUGGCAGGGGAGAGUCUGGGCCCAAGCCUGGGACCUUUGGUGGAGGAACCGCAGGAUGUCCAGGGGGUGAAGGGUGACCUCUCAGCAGGGAAGGCAGCUACGGCUGCUGAAGCUGAUCCAGAUGCGAAGGCCAUUCCGGCUAAUGGGGCCGAGGGAACUUUUAUUGGUAUGUACUCCACCUCCUGCUUAAUGACGACUCUGCUGGCCUGGCAUGCAAUACACUGGUUCACCUAA